UUGAAAAUUCCGGAAAUGGUUGCAGCGCACGAAAUAGGCUGUGCGGCAUCAGCUGCCCCGCCUUGCCGGAAAGGCUCUGCGCAUCAGAUCAAUCGAUUGAGUGCCUCUUUCGGCUGCAGGGCCGGCAGCCGGUCUCCUUUAUCGGGCCGAGUGAGGAGGGGCACUCGUGAAGGGAGGCCACUCGGCCGCGCAUCAGUUGCGAACAGCGAAGAGACGCGGCGGCGUGUUUCACCGAGCCAGCCCAUCGUGUGUCGGAGCGCAGCGCCGUCGUCGCAGCCGAGGGACAUGUUUGUGGAGCAGCCGAUCAAGCCGUGGCUGGACGUUCAGCGGGCCGCCCUUUUGACCAGGGAGGAAUUUGGCUUCACCGCCCACACUGUCACUGAGCUAAUCAGCUACGACGACCGGAACUUCAAAGUCCAACUGGCUAGGGAAGAUCCUGAUUGGGAGAGACACCCGCAUGGAUUUGUGCUGAAGGUCACCAACUGGAUUGAAAGUCAGCAGACAGAAUUCCUCGAGUCUGUGUCUCGGCUCAUGAGUGAGGUGAGCGUGCAUGUCCAAUGCCAGCUGCCCGUGCUGUCCAAGGAGGGACGCCACUUCGUCGUACAGCGUUUCCCCAUCGGAGGCCCGGAGAGUACUUUUGUGAAGGAGUGCGCAGUACGGCUGUUCACCUUCUUGCCUGGACGCACGCUGAACCGCAGGAAAGUCAACGACCGCUUGUGCCUCACUUGGGGUGAUCUCCUUGGAAGGAUACACCGGACCAUCCAGGAGCCAGAGCGAUACCCAACGCUGCUGAGCCGCUACACUCCAUGGAGCCUGUGGAGCGUCACCGAGUUGGUCGGCUUGGUGGACAACACUGUUGACACUCACCAAGACAGGACACUGGUGCACAGCGUGCUUGCGGCAUUCACCCAACUGCAACCACAGCUCCGCUCUUUGCCCACGGCCGUCCUUCACGGCGACCUCAACGAGAACAACGUGCUAACGCGCCCAAAGGGCGACGACAGUGGGAGUGAGAGGGACGAGGAGGUCUACGGCGUGCUGGACUGGGGCGACGUACACGGUGGACCGCGGGUUCUAGACCUGGCCGUGCUGCUGGCCUACGUGUUUCUGGCUCCCGGUGACAGGUCGCCUGAGGAAAACGCCGGACUCGCGCUAUCCGGAUAUCUGCGACACGUGCCUGGUGAGGCGGCGACUAUGCCUCUACUCAAGACGCUGGUGGCUGCCCGACUGUGUCAGUCUUUGGUGAAAGGACUGGAGUCAUUCCGGAAGAAUCCCGACAACCAGUACGUGCUGUCCACACAAGAAAGUGGGUGGUGGUGCCUGCGAAGGCUUUGGAACACUCCGAACGAGCUUCUGCUUCGCACGUGGAAAGGCGUCAUCGCCGAGGCGGACGAAGGCCGCGGCGCUACAUCGACGUGAUUUCUCCGGAGCAUCAGUAGUGCUGGCAUGCAGGGUGUCGAAGCCGUCCUUCUGCAACACUUUUUGUGCGCUCGAGUAUGAACGUGAUUGCAGGAUGGCAUGAGAAAAAAUAAAUUAAUACCAUGCACAAAGGGUGGCA